GCGGAGAGGCCCUACAUAUAAAAGACGUUAACCAAAGAAGAAAUUCAAGUUCUACGAACGGAUCGCUCAAAAUGAACAGAUCGGUUAGCGUCAUCUUGGCACUGUUGAUCGCUGCGAUCGGCACUAUACCGUGGUAUGUGGACGCCUUUUUGUUUACAACACCUUGGAAUCCACAACCACCCCGCACCAUAAACCAACCUUCGGUGACAUCGGCCACUUCUGCGACAACGCCAACCCAACAAUCGAACGUUACGCUUGCGCUAGGUAAUCGGAUCAACACCGAUACCGCCCUUACGGACUACGGAACGAACGUCAAUGGUCUCGGGAUCAAUGUGAAUCGUCGUCGUCGUCGUCGAGAUAUCUGGAACAUCGAGUCGAAGCCAGUGCUGGCGGGACUGGCAGCCAACAAUCCCGUAAAUGGUUCCUAUAUUGCCAUCGGCAACCAGGUGUUCCAUCUGCCCAACAACCUUUCCAACGUUUCGUUAAACAUUGCCAGCGGAAGCAGUGGCGGCGCCGAUCAAACUGUACCGUCCAACUUCUCCACCUUCCUCCCCAUGAUACCGGACAACUAUACGCAGGCCUUCCAAAAGCUGGUGACUCAGUUCCAAACCCUUCCGCUGGACGCAAUGGACAGCAUAGUGCAGUCUCUUUCGGACGCCUACAGUAACACCUUCAAGGGCUUGUUCACUGCAGCGGGGCUUAAAGGGCUUAACGAGACGCUCGAACACGGUCGAUCGGUGAUCGAGGGCGGAAUACAAUCCAUCGUCGACCAGGGAGCCCAAGGGUUCGAGCAGGUCAUCGCCAGCUUCAACGAUUCCAGCGCGCGCGUCCAGCAAUGCGUUGGUUCAGAUCUCUCACCCACCAGCAUUGGUCGGCGUGUCGUUGGGAAGGGAACGGACUGUGUGAAUAGGAAAUGGCGCCAACUAUCCGACAUCGGUGGUCGGAUUGCCGGAGACAUUCUGGCUGCUGAUCGGGGUGCUUCGGACUUUCUCGGCAAUCUAACGACCUGCAAUGGUGCCAAUUUUAACGCGGCAGAUGCCUCUAGCGGUGGUACUGGCACCCGGAACGCACUCCGUCGUCAGUGCUACGUCCGGGCGAUCGGUAACUUUCCCCAGUCGCUACUCUUCCUCCCCGUCAGUGUGACCAUCGAGGGUGGUAAACUGUAUGCCGCCCUGUCCAGUCUACAGACGGACGUGGCGCUCUGUGCCAGCGAGGUGGGACUCGAGAUCGGCCUAGUGACGGCCCAGGUUAGCUCCAAGAUUGCAUUCUGUCAGCUAGCCCAGCUGUAGAAAGUUGCGCCACCAUGAUAAUAAAUUCGGAACAACAUUGGCAAAGCUUA